UGGACUUGGCCAUGGACUCCCAUGCAGCUUUAAUUAGCGCUAAUGUUCUGAGUUACCUCGAUGGCAAACCUCUGAAGGAAUACAAGGGAAGCUAUGAGCUAAUUUUGGUUACGAACGGAAAGAAUGAUGGUGCCACCUACUUUGUGUACUCUGGGGUAUUGUCUUGGGAGAUUGGGAUGCGAGAUUGAUCAAGUCCAAGACCUUACUCGUACCCAUGUUCCAGGCUGCUCAAGGAUUGUAAAAUGCAGAUUAUUUUUUCGGUGCCUGAACUAUUGAUCUACAUAGAUAUCACAUUACUGGAAUCGUGGCGUAAUGGUAUUUCUUCGUUUUCUCGGAUUACAUGAGAAGUCUAUUUGAUAAACCUUCGUAUCCAUCCCAUUUGCCCAAGUCAUCAGCAAUGUCAAUCAUCCUGGUCUCGUAGAAAUUAUGGGCAGUCGGUUUCAACAGCUCCCAGUUCU